CGCCCGAUCAUGGCAGCAUCUCUCCGGAAGGGGUCCGGGAGUUCCGGUGCGAGCUCCUGCCCUUCGCCUUCGAUCCAAAGACGACGGUACCAAACAGCGAGCCACAUGAUGGCCUCCUGGAAAUAUUCAGUGACAUUGAGGCACACGAAGUUCUGUCGUUGAGCUUGAAAGGGACAUUAAUUGACUUGGGUUCGGGCCAGUUCAAACAAAUCGGAAAAAAGACAUGUCAUUCUCGUUCCGCAACCCUGUCCGAAGGUCUAUCAAUUGGAAGUUUCAUAUCGACCCUGCAUACGGCGACGUUUUUGAGGUCUAUGGUGCUUCUGAGGGUAAACUCGGACCCCGACAAGAAGGGCAGAUAAACCUGAAAUUCAAGCCUCAAAUUGCGGUUGGAUACGCCGUCAGCGGAUACCUAGAAACUGAUGAGGGUUCCUUUUCGGUACAGCUGCAAGGAGCCGGUGUAGACCCUGCUGUCGAAUUGGACACACGCUUCGCGGACUUUGGUGUGGUUGGCAUCGGCAACCCUGAGUUCAGAGAGGUUGAGAUCAAGAAUCCUACCGAACUCACCAUGCGUGUCGGGGCUAGAACAACCAGUGAGGCAUUCACCACCGAUGUCAAAGAGCUCUCUAUUCCCCCCGGCGAGUCACGGAAAGUCAAGAUCUUCUAUAAUCCGAGCCACACCGGAGAAGCGGCUAGCGGACGCAUCGGAUUCGUUAGUCUGGACCAAGUUGAGGAAUUAGAGGAGGAGGACGCUGAAGAGGUCCAGGCCCGACUGGAGUUCGAGCAGCUUCUGAGAGCAGACGACCAGGAGGGGGCCGAAAGCGAUGCAAUGCCUCCGGCUUCAGUGGCACCGGGCUCGGUCCAGAAGCUUCAACCGCCUACGGGACGUGCUCCAAGCCGCAGAGCUACUCCGCGUACUCGUCAUUUCACUGGUCACGAGCGGAUUCUUGACCAAAUCGAGCUGGAAGGUAUCGCCGGACAAUUUGGAUUUACCGCCUUGAGUGGCGAUGAAGAAGGCGAGCCACAGAAAGAAGUUCGACCCCAGUCAGCAGUUGUCGAGCUGCAGCUUGGAGCCGAUGAAGAAGACGACCUUCGGGGAACCAUCCGGCUGAACUUUGCUAAGGUUCCCGAGAAGCAACGUCUGAAGAAGCAUUUUGAGGUGGAGAAUGUGGGAGAUACCCUGAUAGACGUUCUCGUGGUGGAUGAGAAUCGCGUUCCGCUCGGACUUGCGGGGAUGAGCGGUGGCUCAGAGAACUCCUCACAAGAGCUCUCCUCCAUCCCCGGGGGAAACAUCACCUUCCGAAUCCAGCCGGCCGCCGCGCAAAUCCAACCCAGAACGAAGCAAAAGUUCACUGUAUAUGUCAAAGGUGUGCGGCCCGGCGAUGCAAAGAUCUCGUUAUUCUUGCGUACCCGGACGCUUGCAGAACCCAAAACGAUACCCAUACGUAUUACAGCACGAGUGUUUGGCGCUAUGCAGCUUUUCAGCGAAGGAUUGAGAGCAUUUUCACGGGCAGAUAACAGCAUCGAAGCAAUGAUCGACUAUGCACGGCAAGAAGAGUUCACCUACGGAGGGGAUACGGACGUCUGGAAGAUCCUCUUGCCGAUUGUCCGAGUUGGUCCGCUAUUACCUAGCAGCGAGCUCCAAAGCGUACCUGUACCUGAGCCCGAUGUGAAGCUUCCCUCCAUACAGUCAUACACUGUGAGGCCCCCGGCCAUUCCUCGCGAGCUACCUCCUCGGGCCAAGAAAUGGUAUAUGAACCGGGUCUCGAUGGGAUUGGAGCAAGGAGGUCGCGGACGUGGGCUAUAUGUUGAUGAGGAUCUUCAGCAACGUCGGCAGGAGGCCGCGGAAUUCGUUCAGCCUGUGGAAAAGCGAGUUCAACUGGAAAAAACAGUGCGGCGAUAAUUUAGUCAUAAUGUACAUUUCCGCUGUGUAUGUGAAGAGGGUUCCGUGUACGUAAUGUAUAUGUAUCUUCCUAAGUAAUAUCAUCGUUGG